AUGAGCUUGCAGCCAAGAGGGGAGCCUCCCCUCCCGGCCUGGGCGCAGUGCCUGCCGGAUGCAGAGGCUGCGGUGGCCACUUGGAAGCAGCUGAAGGGCGCCUGGGAGCCGGUGGAGGCCUCGCUUCACGCCAUGUCUGGUAGGAGCCGGCCAGGGGCCGAGUCAACCGAGAAGCAGCAGCGGGAGGCGCUGCUGAAGGUUCAUCAGAGGCUGGUGGAGCUGGUACAGGACCGCGGGACGGCCUACGGCUCUGCCUUCGAGGCUUAUUGUCUGCACGCCGGCGGCAGGCUGGAGCAGGAGCGGGGCGGCGAGGCGGCGCUGGUGGCGCUGCUGGGGGCAGUGGUGUUUGCCAUAGACGCGCAGCAGGAGCCCGGCGCGCCGGCGGCGCUCCGCAGCAUGCUCGCGCCGGCCGCCUCGGUGGCAGCCGCCGUGCUGGCGCACGCCCAGCAGCAGAAGCCGGCGCGGGUGGCGCUGUCGGGCCUGAUGGCGGCGCUGGCGGCGCUGCUGCUGGACUGCAGCAGGCACGACCUGGCCUCCUUCACCGCUGACCUGUCCACCGCCGAGGCGGCGCUGCGCUGCGCGGUGGCGGCCGGCGGCGUGGCCGCCGCGCGCGGCAGCUCGCCGCAGCGCGCCGCGCUCUGGGGCGACCUGCUGCCCGCGGCCUUCAAGGCCAUCCGGAAGCUGGACGACAUGGACGAGCACGCGCUGCUGGAGGGAGAGCGCUGGCAGUUUGUUCGGGCGUGCGGCGCGCUGCUGGGCCUGGCCCUGUCGGCCACCGAGAACUUGCGGCUGGAUGUCAGCCUCAGCGACGCCCUGGCGCCGCUGGAUCGACAGGAAGUGGCCCAAGGCGCCGUUACGCUGGCGCACCAGCUGGGAUGCUGCUACCGCGAGCGCCUCGCCAAGGAGCCGCCCCCAGAUGAGGAGACGCAGGCGAAGCUCGCAGAGGUACUGGGCUGGCUGUCCAAGUCGCUGCAGCUGCUCAGCCUGCUGCUGCAGCACGGCGGGCAGAUGGAGGCGUUUCUGGAUGAUGGGGGGGUGAUGUCGCUCUGCCUCCACCUGGCCAAGUACCCAGCCAUCCACGCGCAGCUGCCGCCCAGCCACGCCGCGCACGCUGUGGACUGCCAGGUCGUGGAGCUGCUCACCUACGCCCUCAACAACAGCAAGCGCGCUCGCGAGCUGCUGGGGGAGGGCGACCAGGGCAGCGGCGGCAGCGGCAUCAAGAUCCUGCUGGCCGCGCUGGCGGCGGCGCCGGGCCUGCAGACGCUGCUGGCUGACGCGGUGGUGCACAGGCGCGUCCAGCUGGCGCGCUGGACCUUCAAGCGCUCGCUGCUCAAGUGCCUGGAGGCUGCGGUGUUGACCACCUCGGACCACCGCAAGGAGAUUCUGGCCAACGACGGCGUGGGCGUGAUUGUGCGCAGCUGCCGCUGGCGCCCGCACGACGCAGCCUUCAAGCCCAAGCAGGAGGCCCAGCUGGUGCGCGCCAACCCCGCCUUUGUGCGCGGCAUCGCCGGCAACGCCUUCUCCUGCCUCUGCAUCGCCUCGCAGAACCUGGACGACGACAAGAGCUACUGGAACCAGGUGGCCUCCAAGCUGGCAGAGGCCACGUCAGCAGACGAGCUCAUGUCCUUUCACAAGUGGAUGCCGGCGGGGCAGGACGACGCGCAGGCGCUGCUGAACGCAGACAAGCUGAGCUGCUCCUGGGGGCUGCACACCGCGCUGUGGCGCCUGCUGCACCCGUUGACGUACAACAACAAGGAGCAGCGCGCGGUGUUUGCCGCCAACGAGGGGUACAUACGCGUGGCGGCCGCCGCGCUGGCGCUGCCAAACUCGGACGAGGCGUUGACCAAGGGCCGCGUGUGCGCCUUCAAGCCCACCGUGAUGUACAUCCUGUACAAUGCGGCCAUAAUCGACGACGCGUGCCGCAAGCAGCAGCUGGGCCUGGGCGUGCACGUGCGGGCGCUGGAGCUGCUGUGCCAGAGCUUCCAGAUGGCGGGGGAGCAGGACCGUCGCAUCCUCAAGGCCGCUGCCACGUCGAAGCGGGGCAAGGCGGCGGGCGGCGCGGCCGCGGCGGCCGUCACGGGCGCCAAGGAUGCCAAGACCUUCCAGGCGGGGGUGGGCGGCCAGGCGGACGCCGCCUCGCUGCUGCUGGAGGGGCUGCUGCUCAAGACGGACGCCGAGACGCGGUCUCUGUGCCGCGAGCUGAUGCAGCAGGGCAAGCUGGCGGCUGUGCAGAAGGCGCUGAACAACCGCAUCGGCAGCAGCUACUCGGAGAGCACCCUGCAGACCGCCGAGCGCAGCUUCCUCAAGGUGCUGCGCCACGCGGAGCAGGCGGUGUCGGAGCAGCGGCAGCAGCAGCAGCAGGCGGCAGCGGCCGAGGCGGAGCGGCUCGCCGCGGAGCUGCUGGCCGCGGAGGAGGCGGCGGCGGCCAAGCGCGCCGCCCGCGCCGCCAAGCAGCAUCAGCGCCACCGGCGGCUCCACCUCCUCCGGCGCCGCCGCGGGCGGCCCCUCCCCGCCCCCGCCAGCAGCGGCAGCAGCAGCGGCGGCGAGGAGGAGCCGCCGGCGGCGGCGCCGGAAGAGGCGCAGCCGAGCGGGGCUGCCGCCGCCAGCAAUGGCGCUGGGAGCGAGGAGGGCGGCGGCGGGGAGGGCGAGGCUGCUGCCAGCCGCAGCGGCAGCGGCAGCCCGCGCGGCGGCGGCGGCGGCGCCGACGACGAGCCGGCCGCGGCCGCCGCCCCGGCUGGGCCUGCGUCCGACGUGGAGCAGCAGCAGCAGCAGCAGCAGCGCGACAGGAAGGCGGCGGCGGCCGGCAAGGAGAGCCAGCAGCAGCAGGGCUACCAGAAGCUUCUCGAGGAGUGGGAGGCGGCAGAGGCGGCGGCGGCGGCCGAGGCGGCCGCCGCCGUGGCCGCCAAGAAGCGCAGCAAGAAGCAGCAGCAGCGGGAGAAGGCCAAGGAGAAGAAGCAGGCCAAGGCGGGGGCAGGCAGCUCCGCAGCCUCCACACCCGUCACCUCUCCCAAGGCUGCGGCCGCCAGGCCCGCCACCACCGCCGCCGCAGCCGCCGCCGGCGGCGGGCCCAAGCGCCAGCCGUCACUGGGGGAGCCUGUGCAGCCACAGAUGUACCAGCAGCACCAGCACCAGCACCAGCAGCAGGCGCCGCCGCACACGCCGCCCCGCGUUCUGCGUGCGGCCUCCGCGCCUGCGCUGCCGGCAAUGGUGGGCGUGGCGGCCUCGGCCCCCGCCUCCACCGCCGCCUCGGCGGCGGCGCAGCAGCAGGCGCAGCAGGCGGGCGGCGCCGCGGCGGCGGCGGCGCAGUCCCAGCAGGCCCACCUGCCGCCCCUGUACCUGCACCAGCACCAGCACCAGCACCAGCAGCAAGCACACCUGCUGGCCUCCCUCAACCCAUCAGCCCUGGAGGCAGCGAUCCUGAGCAAGGCGCGCGCGCCGGCCACGCCCGGCGGCGGCGCCGCCGCCGCCGGCGAGGAGGACGGGCUGGGCCUGCUGCCCUUUGCCGUGGCGGAGGCGGCUCUGUUUGACGACUCCCCCGCGGCAGCCCACGCGCUGCCGCUGGCGGUGGCCGGCUUUGUGCUGGGAGAUGCGGACUUUGGCGGCGGCAGCGGAGGAGGAGGAGGCGGCGGCGGCGGCGUGCCGGGGCUGCGCGACAGCCAGGGCUCGGACUUUUCGGACGUGUUGGGCCAGCUGCUGCCGGGAGGCUCUCCCCUGAAGCCGCAGGGCCCUAAGGUGCCUGGGCAGGAGGGCGGGCCGCCGCUGCUCAACGGCACUGCGCACCCCCGCCAGCCCAGCGGCGGCGGCGAGCCGGGCCUGUUUGGCCCCGCGCCGGGGCCGCUGUCGCAGCAGCAGCAGCAGCAACAGCUGUCGUUCGCGGCGGCCGCCGCCUGGGGGCCGCACAGCGCGCACAGCAGCCUCGACAGCGAUGGCGCAGCCUACGACCGCACCACCGCAGACGGCUGGCUGAAGGGGCGGCAGCUGGUGUGA